CCGUGAUGGAACGACCGUUUCCGUUGCUCACUUCAGUAGUCAAGUGUUGCCGGGUAUAAUCUCUGUGCACCCUCUCCCCUUCUUUUUGGGUGCCCCUUUGCCGUUCCCCAAUCGCUUGUCUGACCUAAGUGAUGAACUAAAGCGACCGGCCGAAGGGUGUGUUCGUGUUGCGAGACGUGUGUGCGUAACGUGCGGGGGUAAAUAGUACCAGCAGUAACAGCACUAGUUGUUUUUUUUUCUCUCUAUAUUUUGGUUGGUUUCGUUUUUGAGUGUGUCACAUGCAACCCCCGGGUCGUAAUCUGUACUGUAUUGUUGUCCGCAGACACGCGAGUAACACUACGCGCUGCUCCCGUGACACGGUGCGAAUUUAAUUACCGAUAAUCCUUUCGAGUUGCAAUUGCUCCGUGGUGGACGCCCGUCGAGUAGACUGCGGGACUGUUUCUGGCUCCUGUUGGAACAGGAAGACUUGGUCAGGCGUGAUGUGCUUGUAUCGCGUGGUGGCAAUUGAGUUCCAAUUGGAAGAAAUGUGAUUUUGGUGGGACAAAGUUCCGGAGUUCGGUGUGCGAUAGGACAGACAAGUGGCAGCAAGAAUAAGUGCAAUUUUUUCGUAGCGACGGGUUAAUUUCGGAUUGGGCAGCUUCCGUGGUGGUGUGUUUUGUGUGGUAGCAGUAUGCAGUAAAAUGGCUACAAUUAUGUCACACAAUUUGCCGCUGAUACCGUUGCCUCUGAAGGCUACGACCGCAGCUGCCCUGGCGAAAACUACUGCCGGGCUGAUGAUGUCCGGAUUGCUGGUGAAGCAUCCGGUUGAGGAUGUUUUUGGGCAUGGACCGUCCAUUGGGCUGGCACCGACGGAUCGGAGCAGUCCGGAUAUGGCGAGCGAGGCCCGAUCAAGUCCCGAAUCGUUGAUGAUGCAGCAGCGCGAGCGGGAGGAUGAUCGGAUGAGUUGUUGCAGCGAGGACAGCGAACUAUCGGUGGGUCAGGAGGGGCUCGAUGAGAACGAUAAAACUAUGAACAGUGACGAGAAGUUAAGUGUGGCAAGUACUUGCUCUAGGCUGGGAGGUGCGAUGGACGUGGAGAAGAUGAUUGAUCGACAAAGUGUGGGUGACGAAAUGAGUAACGAUUCUUCUCGGUACUCAAGCUCGAAGGAACCGUCGGAAGAUUUUCUGAAAAUUCCGGUGAUGCGCCCUAGUCCCACCCGAUUGCACGAGGAGUUCCUAAGAAAUUCGCAGCUGUACGCAGAGGAGCUGAUGCGGCAGCAGAUGCAGAUCGUGGCAGCAGCGAGAGGAUUAAAUCUAAGCCCAAAACCGCUGGAUCCAACGCUUGGAUUGGUCUCGAGACUGCAGGAAGCUCGAAGUCCCGGCAGAAUAGGCUUCACGGAGGAGCAGAAACUUGGAUUUCGACCGCACAUUCGGGGGGUUGGGGAAUUCUACCAAGACCCUAACCGAUGGUCGGAUGAGCGGAGUGUUCGUUCACCGCCAGAGUCGUCCUCCUUCCGAGGCAUUCACUCCCACUUGAGUGCCAUUUCGCAAAUAACGCAGAACCUUAACAGCGACCUCAGUAAGCUAACUUCCCCGUCCAGUCUGUCCAGUGUUGCCUCGCGCGAGAGCUCUCAAUCACCUCCCCAAGCUCAAGCACACUUGCUGCAGCUUAACAACAACAUUGCGCUUAACGAUCAGAAUCUCAAGUUCAGCAUCGACAAUAUCCUGAAGGCGGACUUUGGCCGUCGGAUAACCGAACCGUUGAAGCGGAGUGGCAAAAGCUAUGCGAAAAAGCCGUCGGUGACGGUGGAGAAGUCAAACGCGGCGAUAGAUUUGACCGCCGCGGAAAAACUAGUUGUGACUAAUGGCACCUAUGCGAACAAUGGUUCCAAUGGGUCCAGUGUUGCCAGCCGAAGUUAUAACAGCAGUAGUUCUAGUGCUAGUGGAAGUGAAAUUGAAAUCCCUGCAUCUCCCCAGCCUCCGAGCAAACCGAGUGAAGGAGGAGGUAGUGGUGGUGGUGGUGGUGGUGGCGGCGGCAGCGGAAGCAGCAGUGGAGGAAGCGGUGGCCCGAUGGUGUGGCCGGCCUGGGUCUACUGUACCCGCUACAGCGAUCGUCCUAGUUCAGGCAGAAGUAAGUGUCACCUCUGAUUGUAUUGUCGUUUCCGCCGGGUCUGGUCCAUUCUCGUGAAUCACUUCUACGGCAGACGGAAAACGUGUGAGUCCACGAGCACGCAAACCAAAGAAGAGUCCCAGCGAGAAGGCACCGGUGAACACCAGCGCUACUGCCCUGGCGGACGACAAACGACCCCGGACGGCUUUUAGUGGGCCACAGCUG